AGACGAUUUCUAGCAAAAAUUAAUUUCCUAAUAUUUUCACAAUUUCUUGAUAAAAAAUGGAAAAAACUGAAUUAAGAGUAACAGAGAAUUGUUUUAUUUGUGGUGAAUUUAUGGGUCCUUUUCGCAAUGAAUUUUCAGUUUGCACAGGAUUCUCUGAAAAGCCAAUUUACGAAAUGUUUGAGUCUUUCACAAAACAAAAACUAUCAGAUGAUAUUCUAUACAACUCAGGAAUUUGUCAAAAUUGCUUUAUUAAGUUUAAUGAAUACGACGAGCAUUUCACAAUGGCAACGAGAAUACAAAAUGAGCUUCUGCUGCUAUUUGACAGUUGUUGGUCAGAAAAUUGCAACAUCGACAUAAAAUCUGACAUUAAAAUUGAAGAAGAUGAUGCAUCCAAAUUUAGAUUGGCGGAAGUAAUGCUAGAAAACAAUGAUGAUGAUGAAAUUAGUUCAGAGGGAACGGAUGUACUUAAUCAAAAUAAUAAAAGAUCCAGAAAGCCUUUUCAACCAUUUCUUCCAAAAAGUUCUGAAAAAGGAGAUAAACGGACAUAUAAACGGAAGAAAAACUUGGAUGAAGGACUGACAGUUGUUGAAAUUGAUGGGCAGAAAAUUUAUCAAUGUGAUGUUUGUAGAAAGUUGUUUAAGGAUCGAUAUAAAUUAAAAACUCAUCGUGAAAUUCAUACGACGGAGAGAACUGUGUGUUGUACAGAAUGUGGCGCUAUGUUUAAAACAUUGACAUGCCUUUAUUCCCAUAAGAAAAUUCAUCGUGAAAGAGUUUAUCAUCAAUGUGAUCUUUGUGAGAUGAGAUACAUUCAAAAGACUCAACUUCGGAAACAUAUGGAUGCAAUUCAUCUGAUGAAAAAAGAUCAUGUUUGCUCGAUUUGUGGUAAAUGCUAUUCUCGUGAUACAACUUUAAGUAAACAUAUGUUCGUCCAUAAAGAACAUAAAGAUAUCGUUUGUACUGUUUGUGGAUUUAGAUGCCACACGAAGCCUAAAAUGGAACGUCACAUGAAAUCUCAUACUGGAGAAAGAAAUUAUUCAUGUAAAAUUUGUGGCAAGCGCUUCCUUUACAGCUACAAUGUCACUGCUCAUAUUAAACAUGUUCACAAUCGUGAAAAGCGGAAAGUUGAUGAAGAAAAAUUAAGAUGUAAAUUUUGUGGUAAAAGAUUUCAGAAAAUUUGGAAAGUCAAAGAACAUAUGGCGAAUGUUCAUCACCUUGUGGAUCCACCACCAGGUGAACCAGCCGAUGUUUUAUUAAUUAAAGAACAAAUUGAUUAAUUAAUUAAAUGUUUGUUUUGAUAAUCAAAGUCAAUAAAUUAAAAAGUAAUGAAAAAGUCUUCAUUAA